UAUAUAUAGCCGGAACGGCGUGAAACAUUCUGUGUCUUAAGCUUUUGGUUUUAAAAAAUAAAGAGAGAAAGAUAAGAAGAUGGCGCUUUCUAAAGCCAAGGAGAUCGCAUCUUCCAAUUCGGUUGUGGUUUUCAGCAAAUCGUAUUGCCCUUUCUGUGUCCAAGUGAAGCAGCUCUUCGGCAAAUUGGGUGUCACUUACAAGGCCAUUGAGCUCGACUCUGAAUCUGAUGGAAGUGAGAUCCAAGCAGCAUUAGCUGAGUGGACUGGUCAGAGGACUGUGCCAAAUGUGUUUAUUGGUGGAAACCACAUUGGUGGCUGUGACUCAACAACUGCCUUGCACAAUCAGGGGAAGCUGAUACCUCUGCUGACAUCUGCUGGAGCUGUUGUUGCCGAAUCAUCUGCUUGAAGGAGCUCAAUUUCUGUUUAUGUAGAGUUAACUUGCUUAAUAAAAAUCAGUCUUCAUGUAUUUGGGUUGGAUGUAAUUCAAUUCAGCACUAAGAAACUCGUGUUUGUUCCUGUGUGAUUCUCUUUAAACUAGAAAGCUGUCAAGUAAGUCUAUUGCUGAAUGAUAUUUUAGUUGUUGAAAACAGAUACACUGUCAUAAGUGCUAUUUAAAUUAUUUUCUCGUUCGGCU